AUGGAGCCCAACGGGACGGCGGCGGCGGGGGACAACGGGACGGCGGCGGCGGCGGCGGCGGGCGGCGGGGGUGCCCCCGGGGGCGGCCCCCUGCUCAUCCCCUCGGCCUUCGGGACGGUGCUGUCGGUGAUGUACGUGGCCGGGGUGGCCGGCAAUGUCUACACGCUGGUGGUGAUGUGCCACUCGGCGCGCUGCGCCGCCCCCAUGUACAGCUCCAUCGUCAGCCUGGCCCUGGCCGACCUGCUCUACCUCUCCACCAUCCCCUUCAUCGUCUGCACCUACCUGGCCCAGGACUGGUACUUCGGGGACCUGGGGUGCCGCAUCCUGCUCAGCCUGGACCUGCUCACCAUGCACGCCAGCAUCUUCACCCUCACCCUCAUGUGCACCGAGCGCUACCUGGCCGUCACCCGGCCCCUGGACACCCUGAAGCGGUCGCGGGGCUACCGGAAGGUCACGGCGGGGGCUGUCUGGUCGGUGUCGCUGCUGCUCACGCUGCCCAUGAUGCUGAUGGUCACGCUGACCGAGGGGGGCAAGGCGGAGGGCAAGGUGAAGAGGAUGUGUGCGCCCACCUGGAGCGUGGACGCCUACCGGACCUACCUGACCGUGCUCUUCAGCACCAGCAUCAUGGCCCCGGGCAUCAUCAUCGGCUUCCUCUACACGCGCCUGGCCAGGACCUACCUGGAGUCCCAGAGGAACCCCCCCCACAAGGAGAAGAGCAAGAGGUCCCCUCGGCAGAAGGUGCUCAUCAUGAUUUUCAGCAUCGUGCUGGUCUUCUGGGCCUGCUUCCUGCCCUUUUGGAUCUGGCAGCUGGUGCGCCUCUACAGCAGCUCCCUGCAGCUCACCACCCAAACCCAAAAGUGCAUUAACUACCUGGUGACCUGCCUGACCUACAGCAACAGCUGCAUCAACCCCUUCCUCUACACCCUGCUCACCAAAAACUACCGGGAGUACCUGCGCAACAGGCACCGCAACUUCUACAGGUUCACGUCCUCCUUCCGCAAGAGGGGCUCCAACCUGCAGUGCUCCUGGGGCCGCUCCAUGUCCUCCAGCAACCAGUACGACUACAGCUCCGAGGCGCUGGGCAUGGCCACGCUGAAGGACAAGUGAGGAGGAGGAGGCGCUGCCAACACGCGGGACCAGCAGAGCGUCCGGCCAAGGUAGGGCUUUGGGGACCCCCUAGCCCUGAAGGGUUCUGAAAACUUAUUUUCGGUGCUCUCUCUCUAGCGAGGGGCAAGAAGUCGUGCGCAUCCGAAUGCUGCGAGAAUGAGUCUGGAUUUCCAUCUGGCCGAGGGAUGUUGGGGGGGUCCUGCCGGGAGCCAGCAGCCGUUCGGGACAAAUCCUGCAGGGUUUGGGGUGCAGAAGAUGAGGCGGAUGCUCUGCUCGGUUCUGCCACAAACUGGUUCCAUGCUUGGCUGAGUUUCGGCUCCAGCUCCGCACACCGUUUCUCUCGUGUGGCUUCUCAGUGCUGCCCCGGGGCUACAGCUGGGCCAGAGCUGCAGAGAUCUGAAAUUGGCCCAGGAUCACUUAACUGAGCUGCCAGCCUUGGGUUUGCCCUGUGUGUUACCGUUGUCUGUUUCUGGAGCGUGUAAAGAGACUUUUAAGCCCCUUUUCCUAUUUCCUGUUACAUUACGGUGCACUACUGUUCUAUCAAGCUUAAAGUCUCUAUUUUAAAAUUCAUUGCAGCAGCACUUUGAACUCCAAGCAUUCAAAAAACCACCAGGUAAGCUGUCAGAAACCACAGGAUUACCUAAAAAAAAAAAAAUAAAUUUAAAUCCUUGUAAUUUUUUAAGGUUUCUACCUAAGGUGGUUUGAAUUUGCCACUGAUUUUUUCUUCUUGAAAAAGUUGGUCCUUUUCUUAAAUGUCAACAGAGCUUGACAAACCAGAAAAUUUACCUUGGAAGAAAUAAAAAAUUAUUUAUAAUCUUAUCACUCAAAGACCUGAGGCUCUAAGAAAAGUGACUGAAUCCUAUAUUAUGAAACUCGUCAUAAAAGAGACAAAUUAUUUAAUGACAUUUGAUCAAAUCUGUUUUGCCUCAAUGUAUUCUGCUCAUUUUCUCCCUGCUUGGCAUCUCACAGUAAACCUUCACCACAGAUCCUGGAGAUGCCUGUAAGCACUUAAACAAUUGUAAAGUGUCAGUUUAUAAAUAAAUGCUUAUUAAAAAUGGA